UGCCAAAAGUUCGUUGUUGUUUUCUUUCCAUUAGCGGUGUGUGUUCAGAAAGAUUUUGUAAUCAUUUUUCAAUAAAAAAAUUAAUAUUUUAUCAAAAAACCUUUGAAAAUGCAUUUGGCAAGACGUCUUCCGCACCUUAGCCGGCACUGCAAUGUGCGGAUGAUGAAAUCAACAGCCGUAUCUACCGCAAAAUCUGCCGAAGAAGAAAUUGUUAUACCCAACCGCAUUCAGCGCUCUUCCACCGAUAUUCUGGUGGCACUGUCCGCCACUGUUGGUAGAGAUCCUACAGCUCCUCAUUAUAAAUUCCACGACGAUCCCUUUUUGAUACCCACUUCAAAUGUUAGCAAACGUACGUUUGCCAUGGCCCAAGAGUCCGGUCGUAAAGCGGCCAAGUGGAUCAAAGAGGAACAUAGGAACCUAUUUAUGCAUCAAGAGGCACAACCACCAAUCGAAGCUUUUGCACCCAAAAUGGUUUUCACCGAAGAGUCUGAAGUUACCCAACAAACUCUGGAAACGUUGAUCAGGCGAUCCCUACUACAAGAUGCCGUCUAUGUUUACAAUCUUAUGAAAACCAAAGGCUUAGAGAUUAGUGCUGAGACCAAGCAAAGCCUUUUGGAAUUAUUGAGUUUCUACAACCAUCAGGAGCCCAUGCCCGAGGAGUAUUAUGAAGAACGAUGGUUUAAACAAAAUAACCAAGGACAACAACGCCAGACAAAAACUUGGAAGGAUGGUGAAUUGGCUGAGCAAAUCUUUAAUGAAAUUGAACCGAAGACUACCCAAGCAUAUGCGGCUGUUAUACGAGGAAUGGCAAAGUAUUAUCAGGCCGACCGGGCUUAUGCUCUCUUCCAAGAGGCUUUAGAAAAGCAACAUCACUUGGAUACCUCGACAUACAACUCGAUACUAAGCAACGUUAAUUUCCUCAAAGAAAAAGCCGAUCAAAAAUGGGAAUUAUGCAAGGAAUUAUUGCAACAAAUGAAGCAGCAGCAAUUGAAACCAGAUUUGGGCACUUUGAAUGCUCUACUCGAAUGCAUCAGCACUUUUGGCAAUUACAAAAUGGGUAGAACGUGUGCCCUACAAGUUCUAGCUGAGUUUAAAAAACUCAACGUUGAACUUAGUUUGGGCUCAUAUUAUUAUGUGCUGAUAAUUUUCUGUCGCGAGCGUGGCCCGGUAUCCCAUGUCAUUGUGGACAUACUCAAUGAGAUUCAGGGCAAGGAAUUUAAAAUACAACAUCCCAAAGAUACAUAUUUCUUUGCCACAGCCAUGGAUGUAUGUCGCAACCACCUGCAUGACCGUUCAUUGGCCAAAAAGGUGGACAAUCUACUACAUACCGGCAAUAACUUUGACUUGAUUGGUGACACAUACAAGGAAUCCGUUUACUAUAGGCAUUAUUUUGCCCUGCUCUGUCAGACAUGCACCAUAGAUGAAUUCCUGGAAAUUUACGAUACCUUGGUACCCAAUGUCUAUAUUCCCGAACCUGGAGUUAUGGAAGAAGUUUUGAAAAUGGUUGAAGUGAAUGCAGCUUACGAGCUAAUGCCACGUUUGUGGUCCGAUAUGGUCAUAUUCGAUCACAUAAAUCGCGAGAGUCUGCUGUUGCGUACCUUGAAAAUAAUGCUUUCAAAUAAACCCGAUCUAACCAAAAAGUCUGAGGAGCAAUUGCCCGAACAAUUUGCCAAAGUUGCGUUUGACAUCUACAAUAAAGUUGUAGAGUCUGAGGGUAGGGCCAAGAAACUAUCUUUUACUGGCCAAAUGAUUGGUGACAUUCUAACUCUUUUGGUAAGAGGUGGCAAUUGGGAAAAGGCAUUGGAGGUAUUCAAUAACAUUGACAAAAAUCAACAUCGUAUUCCUGGUACUCCAUCAGAGAAUUGUCUUAUGGAAUAUGUUGAAGCUGCCAUAGAGAAUAAAUCGCCUAGUCAAGCAUUGCAAUGUCUGCAGUAUGCCGUGGAGAAUCACAUGGACGGCUUAAGUUUGGCCCAACGUAUUCAUAAAGGCUUUACUCUAAACGAAGUGCAUAUGUCAAAAAUGAAAUCGCUGGUGGGCGAUAGUUUUCUUAAGCAAUAAGUGAUGGGAGUUGUUUUUUUUUUCUUUGGUAAUUAUUUUAAGAUAGAUUUUAACGAACGAUGUUGUUUUCGCUGUUGCGAAAAAUAUAUGUGAAAUAAAGAAUCAUAUAUAAACACAAA